AUGGACCUGACGCUGCUGCUCCGGAAGCUGGCGCUCGUCUCGUCCGUGUGCGUGCUUCUGGCCGGUUGCGCGCGCGCCUGCGGUCCGGGCCGGGGCUACGGCAAGCGCAGGUACCCGAAGAGGCUGACUCCGCUCGCCUACAAGCAGUUCAUCCCCAACGUGGCGGAGAAGACGCUGGGCGCGAGCGGAAAGUACGAGGGCAAAAUUACGCGCAACUCGGAGCGCUUCAAGGAGCUCACACCCAACUACAACCCCGACAUCAUCUUCAAGGACGAGGAGAACACCAACGCAGACCGACUCAUGACCCAGCGAUGUAAAGACAAACUGAACUCGCUGGCCAUCUCGGUGAUGAACCAGUGGCCCGGGGUGAAGCUGCGCGUGACCGAGGCAUGGGACGAAGACGGCAACCAUUUCGAAGAGUCUUUACACUACGAGGGCCGAGCGGUGGACAUCACGACCUCAGACAGAGACAAGAGCAAGUACGGGAUGCUGUCGAGACUCGCCGUGGAGGCCGGAUUCGACUGGGUUUAUUACGAAUCCAAAGCACACAUACACUGCUCCGUCAAAGCAGAAAAUUCCGUCGCUGCUAAAUCCGGCGGCUGCUUUCCUGGAUCCGCGCUGGUUUACCUCUCGGACGGAAGCACGAAGCAGGUGGAGGAUCUGAAGGAAGGGGAUAAAGUUCUCGCAGCAGAUGAGCUGGGAAACGUCGUGUACAGCGACUUCAUCGCCUUCCUGGACCGAGACGUGAACACGCACCGGACGUUCGUCGUACUUGAGACGUCGGAGCCUAACGUGACGCCGAGGCUCACGGCGGCGCACCUGGUCUUCGUCCGGGAUGACUCGGCUGCCUCGGGGAUGGCGGCGAAGUUUGCGAGCAGUGUGAAACCAGGACAGGAGGUGUUUGUGUGGGAAGGGCGGGGACGCCUGAGGAGUGCACGUGUAGAGCGUGUUUAUUCGGUGGAGGACAGGGGCUCGUACGCACCGCUCACUGCACACGGGACCAUCGUGGUGGACGGCAUGCUAGCUUCAUGCUACGCCGCCGUAGAGGAGCACCGCUGGGCACACUGGGCUUUUGCUCCGCUCCGCCUGAGUCACACGCUCACGGCGACCUCGUGGUGGCGCUGGAUCGUACCGGAUUCAAACCUUACUUCGCAGCAGGACGGGAUUCACUGGUAUCCCAAGAUGCUGCUGCACGUCGGAACAUGGUUGCUGGACCGAGACUCUUUCCACCCGCUCGGGAUUUCAAGCUCGAGCUGAGACUCGUACGACUUACAGGAACGUUUUAGUCCAAUAUGCAAACGCUCCUAACUAUGAAUGAAACCUAAUAGACACAAGUUAGCAUGGUGUGCUUGGGAUAAAUCGGCGGCUGUUUCACUUUUAAGGCCCGGUCGUGCUAGCUUGUCAAAUCCUGUCACAGAUUUUUGUUAAUAAAGUUCUCUGGCUUUCAAAUUUGCAGAAGCAGAACAGGCUGCGUUUAUGUCUGAAGGGGCGGUCCUUCAUAUUUUCAGCGCGAACAGAUAGGAUGUGUUAAUUUUAAUCAGUCAUCAUAUUUUAUAUAAAUUUCCCCCGAUUUCAGUUUUUCAUUUUUUUAUUCGUAACGAAUCAGGCGACUUGCUAGCAGCCAGCUACAGCAGAUGGACAAACAGCACAGAUUCCCAACAAACUAUCAACGUACAACGUUUUGUGUUUUUACGUACGACGAAAUUAGCCGAACCGGAUUCACCGGACUGAAGUUAGCAAAACCUAAAUUCUCGUUCUUGAAUUUUUAAAUGCUGAGUCACGGCUAAACUGCUCCAAAAUGGAGACCUUCUCCAUGCCAUGCCUGUUCCUCAAACUUCUAGUGUGACUGUGGCUUUAUUCAGUGUUAGCAUUAGCGUUAGCAUUAGCGUUAUGGACUGAAAUGUUCUACUCCGUGGCAUUAACUAAAAGAAAUGGUUUUGGAGGGAAAAUAAAUCACAAUUUUUCACAUUUACCUCACAUGUAGUCAAUUACAAGAUAAUGUUACACAUGCUAACAAGGCUAAUGGACGCUUAUGAACACCAGUUAGAAUCAAUCAAACUGCAGACUCAAUCACCACCACGCAUUUAUCUCAAACUGUGGGGGGUUUUUUGUGUGUUUUUUUUUUUUUUUACAUGAAUCACCGGUGUGUAUUAGUGUUUAUUUAAUCGGUACGCAUAAACGUCCAUUACUUGUUAGCGAAAUUAGCCUAACAGACCGAAGCAAAAUUAAGGACACGUGAGGAAACGCGUCCAAAUAAUUAGUGUUGAUUGAAUUUUUCUCUUUGGAUCACUUCUUUAGUGACUCGAGAAUCCCGAAAACGUGUUUCGUUAAAUAAUUUAUUUGUUUUUGGAUCAUUCGGAAGCGUAACGAUGACGCGAGAUUGAGGAGGCGUUAAAUCGCUCCGAACGCUGACUGACUGCUCUAUUUUACCGGAUAGUAAAAAGACACGACGCUCAUAAAUUAUAUUUUUCUACACAGAUUUGUAUAUUAGAUUUUUGUGACGGAUCUAAACUAUUUACAGAAUCACAUUUCGUUAUUUGAAAUAGUGAGAGAUAUAUAUAUAUAUAUAUAUAUAAAAAAAGUGUUCGCUGUAUUUAAAGAUAAAGUGUGUAAUUCUUUUAUUUUUAAUUGCAUAUUUACACCAGUAACUGAUUUUCUUUUUUCAUUUCAUGUGUACAAAGAUGUAAAAAUAAACUAUGCUAAUGAGGACGCGGUGUCUGAUGUUUCGGAAUGAAUUAAAUGGAUCUAGUUUUUAGGUUAGUAACUGAGGAGCGCAGUAAAAAAAACAAAAACGAAAAAACCCCUAAAUGACCAGAUGAUGCACUGAAUUUAUUAAAUAUAUGCAGCGCAGAUAUAUAUAUAUAUAUUUUGCACUUACCUGUUCCACCAUGCACCACUACACAAAAGGGGCGGGGCUUGUACCACAUAAAAUAGCUCCUGGGCAAAGUGUUUCGGCUGUGCUCCUCUUCUUCUUCUCCAGCAAACUGCUGACGAGCUGCUAAACAAACUCAACACAAUAUGAACUACCGCGUGACAUGGUCCGGU